AUGCAUCGCGACCCAAAUGGCGGCUACAAGUUUGUGUGUCCCUGUGGGAAUUCGUCUGUUCUCUCGACAGGCUCUAUUGCGCGGCAUCACAAUGAAUGUCAGCACAUCAAGAUGGCCUCACAAGCAUUAGUCAAAACAGCGCCUCCACGGACUGCAACAUCCUCAGAAUUGCGCACGGUUGUACUACCAUCAUCCAACGCCAGCUCUACAGGCGGAACCGAGCGUGAGGAGAGGUUCGUGGAGUCAUUGAUCUCGGCGUCGCCCUCCAUCGCAAGGAUAACCGACAAGUUUGAGGCGACCACUGACUCAUUCCUUCUGUCCAACAGCAUGCUUUUGCGAUCUGUCCAGGAUGGCAUCCAGUCUUCUAUAAAACAACUUGAGCAGCGCACUCUCGCUGCCGUCAGCUCCUCUCACGAUGAGCUGCACGAGCAGCUCCAGGACAUCGGGCGAGGCCAGGAAACUCUGAUGCGCCUUAUUAGCGGAACCGAACCACGGCCAUGUGAGUGCUUGAUCUUUUUAUACACCUGA